AUGGAUCGAAUUCCUAUGAAAUUAUCUUCAAGAACUCUAAAAGGAGAAAAAUCUAAUUUAUCUCAAACAGGAACUUCUAUGAAAUUAAGCUACAAUUCUUCAAAUUAUGGAAGACAUGCAAGUGACUAUCAGGACAAAGAGUUCAAAAUUCCCAGAGAACGCUUCAAUCCUAUUGAAAUUAAACGACUAAGGACUGAUUAUCGAAAAUUCUGCAAUAAAAUGGAAAUUAUGACCAGACGAGCUUUUCUUGAGUUUUUUAAAAUAGAGGAGCUAGAAGGAACCUUAAUUGGUGACAGACUUUACACAGCUUUUGCCCUUCAAGGCUCGAUAGACUUUGAAAAAUUUUUAAAUGCAGUUGGAGUCUUAUGCAAAGGGUCACUAGAUGAAAGGCUUCAGCUUGUUUUCAAGAUUUUUGAUGUAAAAAAUGCCAAUGUGAUUGAUAGAAGUGACCUAAAGAGAAUUUUGCUGUCAAUAUUAAAUUCUAUGCUGGAGGUCGAAAUGGAUUCUGCUGAGGUUCAGAAUUUGCAAAUGGAGGUUCAUGGAAUUUCACCACAGGAAAGAGAAGAAGCAAUUGAUGGGAUUUUAAAUGACAUUAUUACGCCGAAUUCUGGGGAUAUUUUAACACCUGAAGAAUUUUGUAAUUUUAUAGGAAAUGAGCCACUGCUGAGAAAAAUACUUGAAGGUGCUUAA